AUGGCCAAACGCGCAGCAGCGGGGCCGUGCCGGUGUGGGGCGCCCUGCGCCGCCGUAGGCCCGGGUCCAGCGCGCUGGCGGAGCUGGGCCCGGCUGCGGGUGGAUUGUAGCCCAGACCCGCACCGGGUGCCUGUGCACGGAGUGACCGCCCGUCUCCCUCCCAGGGCCUUCUUCUGGCUGGUCUCGCUGCUCCUGUCGUCGCUGAUCUGGUUCAUUGCCGUGAAGUCCAGCGAUCCCCGCAACGAGCCGCUGCAGAAGGGGCUCCUCAUCUUUGGGGUGAUGUUCUCUGUGCUGCUGCAGGAGGCCUUCCGCUUUCUCUACUACAAGCUCCUUAGGAAGGCGAUCGAGGGGCUGGUGGCGCUCAGUGAAGACGGCUGCUCCCCCCUUUCCAUCCAGCAGAUGGCAUAUGUGGCUGGCCUGGGCUUCGGACUCAUGAGUGGUGCCUUCUCCAUGAUCAACCUCCUGGCGGAUUCACUGGGGCCUGGCACCGUGGGUAUCCAUGGGGACUCGCAGCUCUACUUUUUGACCUCAGCCUUCAUGACCAUGGUGCUGAUUUUCCUUCACACCUUCUGGGGGAUCCUCUUCUUCCAUGGCUGUGAGACCCGGCACUGGUGGGAGAUUGUGGCUGUCGUCCUCACGCACCUCCUUGUCUCGGGGCUGACCUUCUUCAACCCACUGUACGUGGGCAGCCUGGUCCCUGCCUACCUGCUGAUGGUCGCCACAGCCGCCUGGGCCUACCUGCUGUCAGGAGGCUCCGCUCAGAACCUGCGUCGCUUCCUGCUGUGCCUGCAGAGUGGGAUGACCCCACAGAUGGGAUCCUGAGGCCCUGCUGCGCUUGUCCCAGAGCUGGCCCCUCCCCUGGGCACUGGGGGCCUGGACUGCAGCUGCCUCCUCUACACUCUGCCUUGGGAUCUGGGCCUGGAGGUGGCACUUGGGCCCCUCGCCUGGGAGCAGCCAGGGAA